CACUGGCUCUCCCUUUUGCUCUCCAUCCCAGCCUUCGUAUGCGCGAUCUGUUGGUGUUCAUCUCCCUCUGCCUACACCCUCAGUCUCAUCCCAAUGUCGCUCCGCACUCCUCGCUCCUCGCCCAUGGAACGGGAUCGACCUACUUCAUCUCUAGGUUUUCGAUCCCUCUUUCGAAGUCUUGGACCCAGUGUUGGCAAGUCUGCAGGAUCCCAAACGCUUGAUAGACUGCGAUCAGCUACUCCGAUCUUUCACACGCCCCUGAAGAGAAGUUCCACUCGACCCUCUGUCCAUUUCCGUCCAUCUCCUACCUCUAAGUACGAUGUAUCCUCGCCAACGACCCGGAUUCCAGUCCCUGCUCGUCCUGUCACUCCUGCCCAGCUAGCCAUCUCAACUGUAGAGGACAGACGAGACCCAAAAUGGAAGCACAUAGAGGCAGAUUGGCAACGUCAAGCUAACUUUCUCAAAAUCCCGCACCGAAAUUGUCUUCUCGGCGCAGUCUGCCUAGACAUCAGAGAUCCACUGGACUUCUCAGCUAGCUUCUACCUCGAGUACGUGAGAGAUCGGCCGAUAAGGUUACCUCGACCCGAGAUCUCGAGCUCUGUAGCUCCGGCGACAACACCCGAAGCGGUUUCUCAUUCACCAGAGUCGCCUUUGGCCACCUUCCCACAUCGUUCCAUAAUCCAGACGUGGACAACCCAAGGCACCUCUACGCUUCGCUCAAGGCAGAUCCUGGAUAGACCUCGACCCAUCAAAAGACGAUGUCAAACACCAGAUCCAGAUCUUUUCCGCGAUACUUCCUUCCCCGUCUCUUCUGCGAACACGGUUCAAGCGAUCACAUCCAGUCGUCACGUUAGACGCCGUACUCAAUCAGCACCUCAUUUUUCCCAACGGAUCUUCGGAAUACCUCGCCCUAAACGAGACAAUAUUCUCGGAUCUCCAUGGUCAAUCGUUGGGCCUGCUACUCCGAUCGACACUGAUUCCGAAGGGUGGCACACCUGGGACGUGGUUCCUCAUCCUCAACGCCCUGUCUCUCCUCCAAGUGAUCGGCCUCUUGGACCUCGUCUGGAAAGACUCAGAAGGAUGGGCUUGCCAUAGCACGGGGUGUGUUAAGCCUUGUAUUGCUUACUGUCAGCCGUUUCUUGUAUGCGUCUCGUGAAUUCCAGUAGCUUUGUAUGUUGAUAACCGUUGCAUGCGAGC